AUGUUCUUUCAAAGCUCAACAUUGGCACACAUUAAUUGGCCUUGUACGAGUUCAACAUCAGCAUACAGGAGUCCUAAUCAAUCCUCUCCAAGUAGUCACCAUCGAUGCUGCUUGAUCACCUUCUAAUCCAACGUGAUUGUUGUGUCGGUAAACUACACAGAAUAUCCUUUACCAAUUGCAUACGAGGACUCAUGGCAGGCAAUUAAGUGGGUGGCUAGUCAUGUUAGAGGAAAUGGUCCAGAAACAUGGUUAAACGACCAUGCUGAUCUUCAGAAUGUGUUCUUAGCUGGAGAUAGUGCUGGGGCUAACAUCGCCCACAAUAUGGCUAUCCGGGUCGGGUUGAGCCAUGAUAAAGUUUUUAACGUAAGUGGUGUUAUUAUGCUCCACCCGUAUUUUGAGGGUAAAGAUCCAAUUGGAGCUGAGGCCAAGAGAUUUAAACUGCACAAAGAGUUCAUAGAUAUGAUGUGGCUGUUGGCAAACCCAUCAGGGAAUGGGUUAGAUGACCCGCUAUUUAAUCCGGGCAUGGACCCGAAUAUUUCUGCUUUUGGAAGCUCCAAGAUACUUGUGUGUGUUGCUGAGAAGGAUGCACUGAGGGAAAGGGGUCUGAAUUACAAGAAGGUGAUGGAGACGAGUGGGUUGAAAGGCAAAGUAGAGUUGAUGGAGAGCAAAGGGGAGCUGCAUGUCUUUUUUUUGUUUAAUACUUCAUCUGAAAAUUCUUGUUUAUUACGCAAUAGAAUUUGUAACUUUUUGAAUCCGAUCCGAUGCAAAGCUUGA